AUGAACACGCGACAAGCCAUACAGCCGACAAAUCUGCCCGCGGUACUGGCCGUCAGCUUUUCUUGCUCGCGCAACCGCUUUAUUGCUGGUCUGUCAGCUGGCUUGCGUUGUUUCCGCAUCGAUAAUUGCCUCAUAACCUACGACCCUGUCUUACCCAAAGCAGGCGGUGUCGCCAUCGCCGUGGCAUUGGAUGAUCGGUAUCUGGCCUUUGUAGGUGGCGGACGAUCACCGGCCGAGAAGCCUAGCGUUCUCGUCUACUGGGAUGCCUUGCUUGGUCAUGAAGUCACCCGGUUCGACCUUCACGAGCCUGUGCUUGGAGUUCGCGCGAACGAAAAGUACCUGAUUGUGCUACUUGCCCAGAGAGUAGUGGUCUUCCAGUAUCAAGAAGUGCACCCCGAAGCUCCACCAACGCCACCACGAGACGACAACGACAACGAGCCAACGAUCACGCACGACAACACUGUCGUGCCGAACAUUGUCAAGGCAGUGUACUCCACUGCGGAGAACACUAAAGCCAUUGCAGCUCUGCAAGGCGACCUUCUCGUGGUGCCGGCGCAAACGACUGGUCAGGUCCAACUCAUUCCGCUCCGGGGCGGCUCCAAGCGCGUCCACCGAGCCCAUCAAUCCGCGAUACGCUGCAUCACAAUCUCUGACGAUGGCACUUUGCUAGCCACCGCAAGUGAACAGGGCACGCUCAUCCGUCUCUUCGACCUCCGCUCACUUGACUGCCUUGGCGAAUACCGUCGUGGCAGCGAUCACGCAGUUAUCUUCAACCUCGCCAUCUCACCAGGCAACCGCUGGCUAGCUGCAACGUCCGACAAAGGUACCCUACACAUCUUCGACCUACGCCCACCUGAUCCCGCCAUUCUCGCGGCGGCACAGGAGAAAGCGGCACGAGAACGCCAACAACAGCAUCGCAAUCCUUUCGCUCCACGCAUCCUCAGCGACGUCCGAAGCAUCGUCAGCACACCCUUCUACCUAGGCAAUGACCCGCCUCAUUGGCAGGGGGGACCGGCAUACGCUUGGACUAUGGCCCCAAACGGAACAAGGAAGAAGGUUCACAGGCCUGUCGAGCCAAUACCUGGGAAUCCUUCAGGUAGACCUCCAAAGGGUGUACUAGCUUUUGCGCCAAAGGGCACGAAAGGUGUCAGCGACACUGACGACGAAGGCGCAAGGCUGUACAUCGUAGGCGGGGGCAGCGAAGCACGCUGGGAACUGUUCGACCUUUUGCCUACCGAGGACGGAAACUGGGCACUUAUCACGCGCGGGUUCCGCCGCUACCUAACGCGCCAGUUCGUUGACUGA